CUUUAAUCCACUUUAGCCCUGAUGAUGAAAGGCUACUUUAUAAUGGUGUCUUAUGGGACCCACGAAGGUCUGAGCCUGUUUAUCGCUUUGAUGAGUUCACUGAUUACGGAGGUGGAGGCUUUCAUCCUGCUGGAAAUGAGUAUAGAUUUAUAGAUAUACUAUUCAUUACUCGGCGAGUAUAUUGAAGUGAGACGAUGUUCCGAGGUUCAAAUAUUGACCUCAUUAUGAAGAGUAUUUCUUGUGCAUCCAUAAAGUGGUUAACUUGGAAAGAUAGCAUUGCAGCAGUAUGAUGGCAAUGCAAUUGUUGAUCGACUUCUACAGUUUCUGGAGAUGGAAAAGGACUAUGUUACAUCUGAAGCUCUGCUGCUUGUGAAAGAUCUUCUAAGAAAAUAUCCUCAAUGGAGUCAGGUUUGUAUCGCCACAGUUGGGAAUAUCAGUAGCAACAAUGUCCAAGAACCUAAGGCUAAGGCAGCUCUCAUAUGGAUGUUGGGGGGAUACUCUCAGGACAUGCAUGAUGCUCCAUAUGUCUUAGGAAGUCUGGUUGAAAAUUGGGAUGAGGAGCAUUCUGCUGAGAUUCGCUUACAUGUUCUUACUGCAGUAAUGAAGUGUUUCUUUAAGAGACCCCCUGAGACUCAGAAAGCAUUAGGAGCUGCACGGGCCGCUGGUCUUGCUGACUUUCACCAGGCUUGCCUGCUUCCUGUCCCUAAAGGAACCUCUUGUGCUAAUUAUGCACGGUGUGUGAAUCAAAUCUUACAGGAUCUGAGUAAUAUGCAGCUAUGGCUUAGGAUUUCCUUAGUUGUGCCUGAUGAUGACUCUAUGGAUGCAAACUCUGCCACUCUGAUUCGCAAAGACAUCCCUUGCGUCUAUAUCUGGAUUAUAUUGGACGUCUGUAUCAAAAAAUGGAUCCUCUUCCUGAGCAAGAACGUUUUGAGCUUGGAUACAGGGAUUAUUUACAGUCACCUUUGCAACCUUUGAUGGAUAAUUUGGAGGCUCGUACUUAUGAGACUUUUGAGAAAGAUGCUAUGAAAUACAUUCAGACCAAAGAGCAGUAAGUAAAGCAAUGCUGGACAUGAUUCCUGAUGAAGAGGCAUCUACUAAAACCAUUGUACUGAUGGUUGUUGGAGCAGGGCGUGGACCUCUUGUGCGGGCAUCAUUACGGGCUUCGGAAGAAACUGGACGCAAGCUAAAAGUUUAUGCUGUUGAAAAGAAUCUAAAUGCAGUUGUUACCCUUCAUUGAAAACGGGUCCUAGUUUUGCUGAUGCUGUUGUGGGAAGGAUUGCUCAGGGGACCAAAGUUCUUGCAGAAGGUGGCUAUGAGAAGAUCUUUAGACAAUCUUUUGAGACUGUGCCGGAAGAACAACUUAAAACAUAUGCAUGCUACCUCUCCACCUCUGCUGGACCUGUCAUGGGAGUCUUGUAUUUGUCAACUGCAAAUCUCACAUUUAGUAGUGAUAACCCACUUUCUUACCAAACUGGUGACCAGACUCAGUGGACCUAUUAUAAGGUGGUAAUUCCAUUGCAUCAGCUGAGAGCAGUGAACCCAUCCACAAGCAAAGCCAACCCCGUCUGGGAUGGGUAGCUCAACGGGUUAAGCUAGUUGAGCUAAGGAUUAAAGGAGUUGAAGGUCUAGGGUUCAAGUCCUAACAAGGAGAAAAAAACCAAACAAUUUGUCAUUCAAAAAAAAAAAAAAAAACCCUCCGAAAAAUUUA